CGCUGGAGGUCCAUGUCGUCAUUCAGGAACUUGUCUUGAUCAGGUAGCCGGUUAUAGGUGUCUCUGCCCUACUGGAUUUAUGGGCAAGAACUGUGAGGUAGACGUGAAUGAGUGCCGCAUACGACCGUGUCAAAAUGGCGCCUCGUGUGUGGACGAAGCAGGAGGUUAUAGUUGCAGAUGUAAACCAGGCUUCAGUGGCAAGAACUGUGAAUACAACGACAACGAGUGCGCAAGCUCCCCAUGCCAAAAUGGCGGAUCUUGUGUCGAUGACGUCAAUGGAUACCACUGUACAUGCGUUGAAGGAUUCACUGGCAAUCUUUGCCAUACAGAUAUUGAUGAAUGUUUUGGAAAUCUUUGUCUGAACAGUGGCACCUGCAUUGACAAAAUCAAUGAUUUCGAAUGCACAUGUCCAUCAGGUUAUUUUGGACGAACGUGUUCGAAUAACACAGAUGAAUGCGUGCCAAAUCCGUGCCAGAACGGAGCGCCGUGUAUAGAUCAUCUGAACGACUACACGUGUCAGUGUCUGGCGGGUUACCAGGGAAAGAAUUGUGAGAGGAACGUGCAAGAAUGUCUCAGCAAUCCUUGCCAGAACGGAGCAAGCUGCGUGGACCUUGUCAAUGCAUUUCGAUGCACAUGUUUAGCAGGUUUUACGGGGAACCUUUGCGAAAAUGAGAUAGAUGAAUGCCUUAGCACACCAUGUCUCAAUGGCGGAUCAUGUUCAGACAUUCUAGCCGGAUAUACCUGCGUAUGCGUAGAUGGUUAUGCCGGGAGGCAGUGCGAGUUGGACGUGGAUGAAUGUCAGAACUCUCCUUGUCGAAAUGGCGGAAGCUGCACAGACAUAUUGAAUGGCUAUACCUGCGCAUGUUUACCAGGCUUUGUCGGCAAGGAAUGUCAGACCAAUGUGAACGAAUGCACCAGCAACCCCUGCCAGAAUGGAGGACGGUGCAUCGACUUCGUCAACAAGUUUGAGUGCGUUUGCCCACCAGGGUAUGAUGGGACACGUUGUCAAACUGAUGUGGAUGAAUGCAGCACAGACCCUUGCAAGAAUGGCGCAACCUGUCUUGACUUGGUCAACGACUUCUCCUGCUUAUGUCAUGUUGGAUACGAAGGGAAAGAUUGCUCCGUUGAGAUUGACGAGUGCUUAUCUUCCCCGUGCAAAAAUGGUGCAACUUGUGCUGACCGGGUUGGUGGGUUUGUCUGUGCGUGUCUUCUUGGGUUCAACAGCUCAGACUGCUCUGCCAACAUUGACGACUGCGCUGGGACUCCUUGCAAGAACUCCGGGACGUGCAUUGAUAAAGUUAAUGGGUACGAAUGCUUCUGUCACAAUGGCUACGAAGGGCCAAACUGCGAGAUUGACACAGACGAUUGCCUUGGCGUCAUCUGCCAAAAUGGUGGGAGCUGCGUGGAUCAUGUUGGAUACCAUACGUGCCACUGUCCAGCAGGUUUCCUAGGAUCAGACUGUGGUGCCGACAUCAAUGAAUGUGAAUCAUAUCCUUGUAAAAAUGGCGGAGUUUGUACCGAUGAUGUCAAUUCCUUCCAAUGCGCAUGCGUUGCAGGAUGGGCAGGAAGUACCUGCGAGGUUGACAUUGAUGAGUGCGCAAGUCAGCCUUGUAGAAAUAAUGGUACAUGUGUGGAUGAAAAGUCUUCCUUCAGGUGUUUCUGCGACCAAGGCUUCAUCGGGAAGAGAUGUGAAACAAAUGUUAACGACUGCAGGCAUCAACCAUGUUUAAAUGGCGGGCAGUGUUUGGACAUGGUGGCCGACUUCCACUGCACGUGCGCGGCUGGUUAUGGCGGAAAGACAUGCGCAGUUGACAUUGACGACUGCACUAAUCACAACUGCAAGUACGGGAAGUGCGUUGAUGCAGUGAAUGGCUACAGCUGUGACUGUCAGAAUGGAUAUAAAGGUACCUACUGCAACGAACUAACUGAUUACUGUUCGCCGAAUCCUUGUCGCUACGACUCCGUUUGUAAUGGACAGAUCGGUGGAUAUAUGUGCAACUGCACCAAAGGUUACACCGGUUCGAACUGUGAGACUGAGAUCCGCGAGUGCCAGUCGCAGCCCUGCCAGAAUGAAGGCACCUGCGUUGACCUGGUCGGUGGAUACACCUGCAGUUGCUCAGAUCUCUACUCGGGACACAACUGCCAGGACGAAGUGGAUAGAGAAGGAGGUUGUGUCGAUGAUAACAGGAAAUUGCGUCAAGAUGGAGACUCGUGGAAAGUAGAAUGCAACGCGUGUUUCUGUUCUCAGGGCAUCAUAUCGUGUUCAAAGAUAAAUUGCCAUCCACUGAAGAAGUGCUGCCCAACUGGCAUCUUCUGCAGUCCAGGAAUCGCUAGAAAAUGUACGGAUGGUGCACCCUGCCAAAGUGAGGCCUGCCUGGUCAAGCCAUGCGGGAGUCUUGGGUACUGUCCGAAUCAGGACAGUGGCUGUCAUAAUGGAGUCAAAGAGACCAAGGAUUGCGCUCAUUUGGAGUUGGCCAUCGGACGCAGUAGUUUGAUAAAGGGCAGUUCUGUUGAAGGUGUUUGUGCGGAGAUCAGGCAACUCCCCGCGCUUUGGGACUAUGCCAUGAACAACAAUUUGACAGUCACCUGCAAGAUGGCCGACCAUACGUCAGGAGAAGAAAGUCUUUUGUACAUCACGAUUGGUAGUUCUGAAGGUUCCGGUAUGGCUCGACAGGCUAAAGAGGAACUAAUUAUAUACCUUGGUAAACACAAGAAGAUCAGUGCCAUUGGGGCCAGGCCAAUCGUUGCUGCAUCUCAGGACACCAAGAUAGAUCCAGUCGUCCCUAGUGUGGGAGGGGCCCUUGCCGCCCUGCUGAUCAUUGCCGUAGUGAUAGUGGCCAUCCUCUACGUGAGGUACACCAGGAAGCGCCCUGAUGGAUUCUCGUGGCAGGAACUUGAACGCAAUUCAUUUUACGAUGAGUCCAAGAGAGGCAGUGACACUACGUCGCUUUGCCACACUGGUUCGAUUAGAGGUGCAAGAUCAAAUCCACUUUUCGAGUCACCAGAGGAUGUAACAGAGGAGCAGUAUAUGCACGCUGAUGAUCAGGUAUUCCCGGCCGAAACCACUCAGAAUGUCAACACGAACUUCCAGAACCCGCUGUAUAACUUCAUGCAGAGUAAGGAACUAAAGCCCAAUGACUACUGGGAGGGCAUGUUCAGGCCGGGGCAGGAGGAGACACCCGUGGAGGUGGCAGAGGUAGCCCCAGUUGCCCGGCAGGUUAACUCAACCGUUUUUAACAACAUGGACAAUGAUCUUACGAAAGAACUCGAUAUGCUGAAUGAGAUGGAGGACGAGAUGAACUCUUGUUAGUUUCACGGUUUCAAUCCUGUGGCCCUCUCCAACUUCCGAUAACGAUCAGUAGUGGCAAACAAUCGUAAAUUCGCAACAAUUUUGACCUUUCUUGCUCCGCACCCCUCCUUUCGCUCUCCUGUAGGAGGACCUGGACCCGAACUGUGCCUUGCCUUCCUCCUUCGUUGCACCAUAGAUUUCAUAUCUUGUCGAAAUUUCUUACAGCCAAGAAAAUACAUAUAGAAAUUAACACUAUGAUUCAGCAUCCUUGGUACGGACACUAACGUCAGAAACUGAGACUCGGUACUUAAACACCCAGAGUAUUUUGGAAGAAGUGAUUCCGAAUACGUAGCCAUAAUCUUACUAAGUUAAUAUUAUGAUCAUCAUCUCAUCGUCAAGAUCCUUUUUAAUCUUAGCUGUAUUCUCAUAAUCUAGUACACUCGUCUUUGGUGGCAAAAUGAAUGGCAUUACUAUUAUCACUCGCUGGUAUUAUCUCCAUGCUUUUAGGUCUGAUUCCUUGAUCAUUUUCUGUGUUCGAAACAAUUGUAGCGACCGUGUUUCGGCUACCAGCGUCAACUCCUUGUAGUAGGGCACAAGACUUCUUCUUCGCUGCUGCGAUACUGCCACGGGACGUCCACACAUCGGAACUAUGGUCUCUUUGGUUGCUCUCCCAAGCAGUCCUACCAUUUUUAAAGAUAGUUUUUAAAUCCUGUCGAAAUUUUUUACACCCAAGAAAAUAUAGAUAAAAGUUUACACCUGAAUUUAACAUCCGCGGUAUUCUGAUGAAUUCGUAUACGAAUUUCCUAAUCGUUGCAACCUUUCCGACAACUUCGAUCGCCUUGAACACAUCCCAGAAGAAAUAAUCAACAACAACGGGAACAAGUAGAAUCAAAAAUGUCCAACUUACUAGUAACAGCAUUGCUGUAAUGUUCCGUUCGGUGUUUCUCUCCCCUUUACUUGUUGCAAGGACCAUGGAAUCACGCCUUUUCUUGUUUCUCUUGACGAUUAUGACAAUACCCAUGUUUGAGAUGAAUAAAAUUAUCACAGGCACCGUGUGGCACACACCGUAGUAGAGUAUGUUGU